CCGCCUACCGCCUCGGUUCCGGCCUCUAGCUCCCGCCUUUUCCGGCCAGUGGCAGCGAAGGGCGGCCUUUCCCCGCUCUUUUCUCGCCUCUCCUGAGGGCUCGGCCAAUGGGCGGGCGGAGCGACCCGUCCCGCCCCCCCCCGGGCGCCUGCGGCCAAUCAGGGAGCGGGGGAGGAGGAAGGAGGGCGGGGAUUGGCCAGGACGCACGCGCCGGCGGCGGGAGCGGGGCGGUGCCAUGGCACCAGCCCCAGGGCGGGGCUUCCGCGGCGUGUACCUGCUGCUGUGCACGCGCCCGGAGGGGCGGGGCCGCGUCUACGUGGGCUUCACGGUGGAGCCGCGGCGCCGGGAGCGGCAGCACAACCGGGGGCGGCGCUAUGGCGGCGCGCGCCGCACCAGUGGGCGCGGGCCAUGGGAGAUGGUGCUGAUCGUCCAUGGCUUCCCCUCCAAUGUGGCUGCCCUCCGGUUCGAGUGGGCAUGGCAGCACCCUGGGGCGUCGCGGCGCCUGCCCCCCGGCCCCGCCCGCCGCCCCGGCGCCCCCCUCGCUGCCGCCCUGGGGGUCCUGGCCCAACUUCUCCGCGUCCCCCCCUGGGACCGCCUGCCCCUGGCCCUGCGCUGGCUCCGCCCUGGCCGCCUCCCGGCCCCGCUCCCUGACCUGGCCCCGCCCCCCCACGUGCCCAUCACCUAUGGGCCCUUCCCUGACCAGCCCCGCCUGGCCCACCAAGCCCUGCCCCCUCCGGCCGUGCCAGGGGUCACCUGCCAGCUCUGCGAGGGGCACUUCCAGGGCGAGGUGGAUGCCCCCCUCCGCUGCAUCCAAUCAGGCUGCCCCCUGGCGGCCCACCCACCCUGCCUGGCGCGCUACUUCCUGCAAGACGAGCCGCAUCAGUUCCUGCCGGUGGAGGGCCGCUGCCCCUGCUGCAAGACGGUCGUCCUCUGGGGUGACUUGAUUCGCUCCCACCUGGGUUACCGCGACAACCCUGAGGACGACCUCUGCUCCUCCCAGGGUCACUGGACAGAAGAGUUGCAGGCUGAAAAGGCGGGGCCUCAGGUGGAGUGGGUGGAGCCAGCUGCCAAAGCCUCCUGAGUGGGCCUCAUGAAUGGCUGGCGGGUUUCCAGAGACCUGGCCCUCCUGGCCCCACCCCCAUAAGCACCCAGUGGUCACCAGGGACAGGAGGGGGCGGCGACACGGAAACUCCUCCCCCUCCCAACCACCAAUCAAACGAAGCUUCCCUUUUUCAACCCUCUACCUUGAACACAGAUCUUGCCCCCUCCAGAACCAAUCAGGUGCCAGAUCUGGGUUGCGCGUCACCAGCCAGCCCCACCUGCCCACCCCACCAAUCAGGGGCCUUCCCUGAUCCAGGAAGCCCUGCCUUCCCCUCCUCUUGACAGGGAACUGAGACUUAAUUAAUAACUUUCCCUCGUCAGUGUGCUACAGGGAAUUAAAUAUGCAAAUGUAGGUUGUUGCAUUUGCAUAUUUAACUCCCUGUAAGCCGUUGAUGAGGAAAGCUUAUUAAUUACAGGUCACUAAUCACUUCUCAUCUUCGCUUUCAGCCUAUUGGUCUAUGCUUCAUUUCCCCUCCCCCAAUGCUGUAGCUUGUCCUUAAGGGAAACUACAGGCAAUCCAGGUUACUAAUUAAGCCCAGGUUAAUUAAUUAAAGAUCGUUCAUCAACUGUCA